AUGAUUGAAGACAAUGAAUCUGAGUGCUUCUUUUAACUGAAACCAUCUAAAAAGGUCAAAAAGACCAGAGGCAACACUCUUAGAAUUCAAAAGCAUUAUGAUACUAUGAAUCAGAUGUAGAUAGCUGCAGCAGAUCAAGAAUCUAUUAUUCUAAGUUUAAUUAACAAGCGACCUUCAGUCUAUUAAAAGAAUAAAUUCAUUCUAUAAUGGAAAGAAAACAUAUCCUAAUAACAGUCUAUAGAUUAUGUUAAUUUGAUCAAAAGUGAAUCAGAUACUUUCGAAGAGAGUGAAAAUUUUCUCAGAUAGCAUCAAAAUGAAUCAUUCAUAGAAAAUUACCUAUGCUGA